CACACACAGCGUGUGUGUAUGUGUAUGUGUGUGUGCGCGCGCGCGCGCCAGCGAGUCAACCAGCGAGCGAUUCUCGCGCACACACACACACACACACACACACACACUCACACUGUCAGAUCCACUCCAGAGCCGAACACGGCCGUUUGAAAUCGAUCGCUUUGGAUCAUGACGGUUUCAGAGCGCCGUUAGAUCUGAUUGUUUGGGUGAACUUGAGAUCGGGCUCGGCUUUUUUUUUUUCCUGUUUUGGUAGCUGUGUGUGUGUUGUGUGUGUGUGUGUGUAUUGUGUGUAUGUAUGUGUGUAUGUGUAACAGACCUUAUUAGCGAGCUGGCGCUCUUCUCCCCAUCUGCCAUUUCUUUAACUUUUUUAAAGCACUCAGCGUGGCGAGGGACCGAGCGCCGCCGGAGUAUGGCUUCCCCGGUGUCUUAGGGAGCCCGAGAGCGUGGUUUGGCCCGGUUCUGCGGAUCGACAUGAUGGCAAAUUCGACGGGGAAGAAUGUACCCGAGCAGCGGAGGAAAGGACUAGCUUUCCUGGAUGAGCUGCGGCAAUUUCACCAAAGCAGAGGAUCGCCGUUUAAAAAGGUCCCGGUGGUCGGGGGAAAGGAGCUGGACCUGAGCGCGCUGUAUGUCAGAGUCGUGUCUUUAGGCGGCUUCGCUAAGGUCUCGGAUAAAAACCAGUGGUCGGAACUUGGAGAAGAGUUUAAUUUCCCCAGGAGUUGCUCCAACGCUGCUUUUGUUCUGAAGCAGUACUACCUGCGCUAUUUAGAGAAGUAUGAGAAGGUCCAUCACUUUGGAGAAGAUGACGACGAGGUGCAACCUGGAAACCCGAAACCGUCGCUUCCGAUCGGUGCAAUACCUUGCUCCUACAACUAUCAGCAACACACUGUAUCAGACUAUCUCCGCCAAAGCUAUGGGCUGUCGACGGAUUUUGUCCCUCCAUGUGACUACAACAAAUUGGUGCUGUCCCUGCUCUCGGGGCUUCCUAACGAGGUGGACUUUGCCAUCAACGUGUGUACGCUGAUGUCCAACGAGAGCAAGCACACCAUGCAGCUGGAGAAGGAGCCCAAACUCGUCACGCUGCUGCUGGCACACGCAGGAGUCUUCGAUGACUCAUUAGGUAGCUUUUCUGCUGUAUUUGGCAUGGACUGGAGGGAGAAAACGUCCCGAGACUUCGCCAAGUUUUGGAAAGAUAUUGUUGAAGACAAUGAAGUAAAAGAUCUCAUCUCAGACAAGAGCUGCGCACCACAAGAUGGUACAGAGCAGCGUGCCGUACAGGCGGCGUUGUUUCACCCUCAGAGGAAUAUGGGCAUCUCUGACGUGGAGGGUCAGCGCGUACUGCAGGUAGCCAUCAUCCUGAGGAACCUGUCCUUCGAGGAGACCAACGUCAAACAGCUGGCAGUGAACCGCACGUGUCUGCGCUUCCUCCUCCUCUGUGCACACUGCACGUUCAUCUCGCUGCGGCAGCUGGGCCUCGACACGCUGGCCAACGUAGCAGGCGAGCUUCAGCUGGAUCCAAUGGACUUUCGAACAACACACUUAAUGUUCCACACAAUUACCAAAUGUCUGAUGUCAAGGGACCGGUUUUUAAAAAUGAGAGCCAUGGAGAUCAUGGGCAACCUAAGCAAGGUGGAGGAUAACGGUGUUCUGAUCUGCGAGUAUGUGGACCAGGAGUCGUACCGGGAGGUGAUCACCCUGCUUACCCUGCCAGACAUUAUGCUUGUUAUCUCUGCCCUGGAGGUGCUUUAUCAGUUGACAGAACUCGGAGAGAUCACCUGCUCCAAAAUCGCCUGUGUGGACAGGAGCAUAGAUCUGCUGGUGCGUCUAGUGUCGGUUGAUUUGCACACGUUUGGACCUGAAGCUCUGACGGCUAUUAAACUGAUCGAGCACCAGAGCACGAACAGCCAGGUGGCAGAGGUACGGCCGCAGCUCGUAGAGAACGUACCUCCUGCAGUGCAAGGCGCACCUGUGACAGUGACAAGAGUUCCUGUCCAGACUAACCCUCCACCUGGCAUUGUGGAGAUAGAUGGAGAGAAGUUUGCUACUCAGUGGCUGAAUGCUCAUUAUGAGGUGCAUGCAGAAGGCUCUGCUUCUCGCUCUGAGAUGUACUCUGACUACCUGGCAACCUGCAGUAAGCUGUCACGUGGUGGUGUUCUCACAUCCAACGGUUUUUACAAAUGCUUAAGGACAAUAUUCCCCAAUCAUACGAUAAAACGCAUGGAAGAGUCUAAGGUAAACCCUCAAGCUCAGAUCCAUGUAGUUGGUAUGAGGAAGAGGGCAAUUCCUCUCCCCAUUCAACUGUAUUACCAGCAGCAGCAGCAGUCCUGCCCUGUACCAGGGCCCAAACAAGAAGCCUCCUUAGAGCCUCCACAUCACACCCAAUCAGCGUUGCCGCCUGGUGUGGGUGGGCAGUUUGUUCGGGCACCAGCACCAAGCCUUACUGCCAACCAGGCAGCACCACCGGUUGCCUUCAACAUGCAUGGAGCACCACAUCCCCAUCCUCCUGCUCCCAACGCUCCAGCACCAGCUCACGCUCCUCCACGGCUCCCAGCAAACCCACCGGUACAAGCUCCGCCACCUUCCUCCCCAGCAGCUCCAAUGCUUCCACGGCCUAACGACAUCCUAAAGACAGCCAUGAUCCAGAGCUCCAUCCCCACAGCACCCACUGCUCCCCCUGCCUCCACCCAUUCCAUUGCCUCCAACCAUAAUAAUGUUACCCCUGCAGUCUCUCUACCCCAGACUCUCCUUUCACAUGCACCAGUAACACUGAUACAGAAGGCACUACCACAGGGACAUAUAUUCACAGGAAGAGUACAGGCAGCUUGCCCUCCUUUGGAGCAACAGCGGCUUCCAGCCCCACAGAGCCAGCAAGCUGCCUCUUCCCAGGAUACUGUGGUACUGGCCAACCCUCCUCAGUACUCGAGCACUCCUUGUACACCAUUGGUGGCAGAAGGGCAGGUGUUCACCGUAGCAGGUGUACAGAGUGCCCAAGGACCACGUGCGACUUUCCAGAACAUUGCCCCAAAACCCGCCCUGCAGCCACAGCCACCCCUCCAGCAUCCGCUACACCACCAGCCACACCACCAACAGCAGCAGCAACAGAGCUUAGUUAUUGUCAGUCCUAAUCCACAGCCCAAUCCUGCCUUUGCCCCAGCCAUCCACCACAUUGUGCUGGCCAACCCCUCAACCAUGCAAAAUGCCCAGACUAUCCAACUUUCCGGGCAACCUGCCACCUCUCCUCAACCAGCCUCUUCACCUGGCCAGCUCAGUUCUUGCCCUAGUCCACAGAUGCUGUCUCCAUCCUCAAAUCCCAGCCAGGGCCCCCCUCCCACUGUCAGUCAGAUGCUGUCUGUUAAGCGGCAGCAGCAGUUACAGAUCCACACAUCACCACCUCCACCGCCACCACCACCACCCCCUCCGCCAACCCCUCCCAUGGCACCACCCAUGGCCCCUGCCCAGACUACCUCCACAGAAUCUAGCUUGAUCAAACAAUUGCUGCUUCCAAAGCGUGGUCCUACAACACCAGGAGGUAAGCUUAUUCUCCCAGCACCACAAGUCCCUCCUCCUGCCAGCACCAGGGCACCUAGCCCACAGGUAGUUUACCAGGUAACCAAUAGUAGCCAGGGAACUCCGCAAACACCACAGCUGAAUGUACAGCUGAUGCAAAGCUCACUGCAAGGUGCAGGUGCUGUACAGACUGUGCCGAUCUCAAUCCUACCUGGGCAAAUCCUUUCCACCUCCAACCCUGCCACCAUCUUGCAGGCCACACCUAGUAACCAGGUCACCUUCACAGUAGUGCCAAACUCUAGUUUCCCCAAUGCUGCUGUUAGCAGCCAGGGGACGCCGUCUCCACUGGUUUCACAGACUGGUCUGACCAUCAACACAUCACCCCCCACGCUUGGUUUCCAAAUGACCCCACCCCUACCACCUCCAGUAUCUACCUGCACAACACCUGUGCCACCUUUUCGAGGUGACAAAAUCAUCUGCCAAAAGGAGGAGGAAGCCAAGGAUGCUACAGGACUUCACAUUCAUGAGAGAAAGAUUGAGGUAAUGGAAAACUCCUUGGUAACUGAAGUCUCCACCAAAGCCAGCAACGGGCAGCCUAUGGAGGUUGAUGGACCUGGGGCCAAGCUGCUCAACGGUAGGAAGUUUGACUCAAGUCUACCUCCAUACCACUCAGGGAACAGCCAGCCAGAGGCUCUGCAGGGCACACAGGCGCUCAAUGGCCCCACUGUACAGGGCAACGAUGGCACGGGCAAACAGACGUCAGGAGGCCCACCCUCCGAAUCCAGAAAGCCCCUUGUAAACGGGGUGUGUGACUUUGAAAGAGGGGAAGCCACAACUGGUACCCAUCCAAGCAAAAACAUUCCAAAUCAUAAAGCUUCCAAACAUAUGGGCAAUGGGGAGGUGCUGCUUCCUCAGAAAGUACACGAGACUUUUACUGACUCUCUCUCACCCCAGCAGGGCACUGCCAAAGCAGAGCAGCUGGAACGCCUGGCCAAUGGGCCAAAAAGCUCCAGUCACAGUGCUGAGAUUUCCAAUGGCCCCUCAGCCCAGAGCUUGGACACAACGGGCUUGAGGCAACAGCACCCACCUCACAACCACAUCUCUCCACUACCUGCAGCCACACCUAUCAUCCAGAAUCCCCCUGGAGCAGACCUGGCCACUAAUGGCACAUCUGAGAGCAGGCCCCUAAAGAGACCAGCAGAAGAUGGGGAGCGGGGUGCUUCAGGAAUUCCCAACAAAGUGGGCGUGCGGAUAGUCACCAUCAGCGACCCCAACAACGCUAGCAACAUUGCUACAAUGGUGGCAGUCCCAGCAGGUGUUGACCCAAGCACAGUAGCAAAAGUAGCAAUAGAAAAUGUAGCGCAGCAGAGACCCAGUGUGCCUGCUACGCUUCCUGAAACUACCACUCGGCAGCCUGUGUUGGCACAGUCUCCACCCCCAGUGGUUCAGACUGCACAAGGAGUCAGUCAGACCUCUGUUCCUCCAGGUGAUGGUCCUCAGGCCGCAGCGCUCCCUCUGGAACAGACGCGCAAACCUGGACAGAACUUCAAAUGUCUUUGGCAGGCCUGUAAAAGGUGGUUUGAGACGCCGUCACAGGUGUUCUACCAUGCGGCUACGCAACACGGCAAUAAAGAGGUUUACCCCGGCCAGUGCCUGUGGGAAGGCUGCGAACCCUUUCCACGCCAGAGACUGUCCUUCAUCACACAUCUACAGGACAAGCACUGCUCUAGGGAAGCCCUUCUAGCUGGACUCAAGCUGGAGGAAACGCAAGGCAGCAAUUCCAACACUUCCAAGUCUCCCCCACCGGCAGGCAGCAGCUCGGCUCCUCCCAGGCCACAGAAAGCUAUAGUGAAUCACCCGAGUGCAGCUCUCAUGGCCCUGCGCCGGGGCUCCCGCAACCUGGUGUUCAGGGACUUCACCGAUGAUAAAGAGGGACCACUGACCAAACACAUUAGACUAACUGCUGCCUUAACGUUAAAGAACAUUGCCAAGUAUUCAGACUGUGGACAAAAAUUGGUGAAGCGGCAUGAGAAUCACCUCUCGGUGCUGGCGCUCAGCAAUAUGGAGGUCUCCACCACGCUCGCGAAAUGCCUUUACGAACUCACGCACACACUGCAGGCUUGAGCCCAGCUGAACCCAAAAAACAUUGGAACAGGAAACGGAUCUUUUGUCCCUGUACUGGCGCGUGAGAUGCCGGCAUCGGCAAUGCCUCUCUCCUCCCCGUUCAUCGUUUUCUCCCUCCAUUCCGUUCUCUGUGCGUUGGGAUUUGUGCAUCAUCACUUCACCUUAUUAAAAAAAAAAAAAAAAAACUGCCACGGGUCUUCCACCAGCCACACAGAAACCAGCGCACACGCAACACUUUUCCAAACAAGCCACCUUCUCCUCUUCUAGCCCGAACAAAGCUGCCUCUCCACUCUCAACCAAACGAGCACAUUUUCCUCGGUCCUGAGCGAAGCGGCGGUAGCGGACGGGGGGUUAUUUUUUGGAUUGGGUGGGAGGGAGGAAGUGGGUGGGCUCAGCAGAUGCAGGGGCGGAGCAGGGGCAGCAGAGGUGUGGCUAGAUGUUUUUGUUUUUUUUUUUUUUUCUUUUGUUUUUUUUUUUUUCUUUAGAAGUUGAUAGCUUUGGUUUUCUUACUUGAGCCGAUUAUAUUUUCACUUAUUUAUUAUUGAAAUAAAUACCAAUAUUAAAUGAGAAAAAAAAAAACUUGUAAAUAUUUGUGAAUAAAUAUAAAGUUAAAAAAAAAAAAAAAAAAAAAAAAAAAUCUCCUUUCAUGCCGCUGCAGCCACUGGAGAGCUCACUCUGUGGAGUGUCAGAAGCAUUAUCUUGGUAGGUUCAGAUUUUUUUUUUUUUUUUUUUUUUUCUUCUUUUUCUUUCUCGGUUCCCUGGUGACUUGUACGAGAUGUGAUUCUAUACUCAGCAGUGGAUGAAUGUACUUAAGAACUUGUAAAUAUUCUACAAAAAGGUACUGAUGCUGUAAAGUUUAGGGAGGGGGGAUGGGGAACAGGUUUUUUUUUUGUUUUUUUUGUUUUUUUGUGGAACUGUGAUUUAUUUUAUUUCUUUUUCUUUCCCCUCCCCUGUUUUUGUACUAUUAUAACUUGUAGAACUCAUUUUGCUGGCUGAAAGAGUAUGGAAUAAUAUAUCUUGUUAUUUUGUAGAAGAGCAAAAAAAAAAACAACAAAAAAAAAAACCCCACAAAUAUUGAAGGUAUUUCCCUCCUCCACGUAUCCACUAUAAGCGUCACUGUACAGGCCCUCUCUGCCCGUACUGAAUUCUUUUUGUAUUUGUAAAUUGGUUUAAAUACAUGGCGUUUUAUACAGGUUUUCUCCUGUGUUAUUUGCUUUCUGUGCAUAUAUUUUCCUCCCCCUUCCCUUUUUUCUAUCUUAAUAUAGUGUGGAAUUUUAUUGUACUAUUUUUUCAUUCUUAAUACCAUGCCACAUUCCGGCUCCCUGCUUCCCAGACUGUCCUUCCCCUCGAGUGUGUUGUGUAACAUUUAUAAACUGCCUGUUGUGUUAGCAUCCGAGCGGGGCGUUUCCCCACCCUUCACCAUUUCUGCCGUGUCAGUAGGGUGUGUGAUUAUAUAUACAUAUACCUAACAGUCUGUUCUAGGUUGGCUUACUUUACUGGGUGACUGUUUAUAGUUUUUAAAUAAAAGACUGAACAUUUUUGC